CAGAUGUCAGCAGAGUUUCUCAAUCUGUCACUUGGCUGGUGGACUCUGUUUGAUGGACGAAGGGGAACAUUGGAUACAACAACACCAACUUUUUGACAGCACCAGCGGACAGACUUCGAAUGAAUGCUUGAACCGACACCGUACUGUUGUCCCCUUGUCACCGUCUUACCUGUUAGCUGCUCUUUUCGUGAUUUGACAACUGUGGAACAACACCCAUGCGCGUGUGUGUGAAGUCACCAUGCUAACGCCGCCGUUAGCUGCUGCUACCUGACCUGACUAUGUUUUACCUGCUACACCUACAUUUAACAGCCAGACAGGCGGUAACCUUUUUGUAACUGCUGUUUAGUUAGUUUGUUUGUUUUUUCUGUAGAUUUUGACGAGUUUGUUUAGUGUACGAGGCUGUGUGUGUGUCAGUAGAAAUGGGACUACACCCGCUGGAGUUCAGCGAGUGCUAUCUGGACAGCCCCUGCUUUAGGGAGAAAAUAAAGGCACACGAAGCAGAGCUGGACAAAACCAACAGGUUUAUCAAAGAACUCUACAAAGAUGGCAAGAACCUCAUCAAUGCAACCAAGCAACUUGGAAUGGCACAGCGCAAGUUUGCUCAGUGCCUGGGAGAGUUUCAGUUCGAGUACAUUGGAGAUGCAAAGACAGAUGACGAGAGAUGCAUUGAUGAGUCUUUGCAAGAGUUCUCCUCAUUCCUUAAGAACCUUGAAGACCAAAGAGAGCUUAUGAUGAGGAACAUCACAGAAACCUUAAUGAAACCCCUGGAGAAGUUCAGAAAAGAGCAGCUUGGUACAGUAAGGGCGGAAAAAAAGAAGUAUGAGAAAGAAACAGAAAAGUACUACAGUUCUUUGGAAAAGCUUUUGAAUAUGUCAGCGAAGAAGAAGGAUGCACAGCUACAAGAGGCAGAUGUCCAAGUGGAAAUGAUGAGGCAGCACUUUCAGGAGGAAUCACUGGACUAUGUUUGCAAACUGCAGGAGAUCCAAGAGAGAAAAAAGUUUGAGUGUGUGGAACCGAUGCUGGCCUUCUUUCAGACAGUCUUCACCUUUUACCACCAGUGCUUCGAGCUGGCCAAGGACUUUGACCAUUAUAGAGCACUGCAAAUUAAUAUUCAAAAUACAAGGAGCCGAUUUGAGGCCACAAGGUCAGAGGUGUAUGAACUGAUGAAGAGAAUCAGGGAGGGACCACAAGAAUACAGACAGACCAGCCCUAUCAGUUGUGAAGGCUACCUCUAUGUACAGGAAAAACGACCACCUCCUUUUGGUUCAAGUUGGGUGAAGCGCUACGCCACAUUUGUCAAAGAGCAGAAGAUCCUACAUAUGGUGACCUUUGACCACAGAUCUGGUGGAAAGAUUGGUGAGACAGAGUCUGUCACACUCAAAUCAUGUGUUCGCAAAACAACAGACGUGUUGGAUAGGAGGUUCUGCUUAGAGCUGGACAUAACAGACAGGCCAGGGACAGUACUCACAGUACAGGCUCUUUCAGAAGAUGACCAAAAGUUUUGGAUGCAGGCAAUGGGUGGGAAGGAACCUAUUGGACACUAUCUUGGGAGAACUUAUUCUAAAGAAAGAGGAAUUGAUGCCCAGCUUGAUGAUGUGGGCUUGAGUUUUGUGAAGAACUCCAUCAAUGCCAUAGAGAAGAGAGGUAUUAAUGACCAAGGAUUGUACAGAGUGGUUGGGGUAAGCUCCAAGGUCCAGAAGCUUCUCUCAUUAAUGAUUGAUGAGAAGAGCAAUGAUGUCGAUCUAUCUGCCAGUGAAGACUGGGAUGUUAAGACAAUAACAAGUGCACUGAAGCUUUAUCUGAGGAGUCUUCCUGAGCCAUUGAUGACCUAUGGACUUUACAAAGAGUUCAUCAGCCCUGCAAAGGGCGGUAGUCCAGAGUCUCGCAUCCAAGCCGUCCACUGCCUGGUUCACCAACUACCAGAGAAGAAUCGACAAGUCCUCGGGCUGCUUAUGAAGCAUCUGGCCAAUGUGGCAGCUCACAGUAAGCAGAAUCUGAUGACUGUGGCCAACCUGGGUGUGGUAUUCGGUCCCACGUUAAUGAGGCCACAGGAGGAGACUGUCGCUGCCAUAAUGGAUCUUAAGUUCCAGAACAUUGUGGUGGAGAUCCUCAUUGAACACAAUGAAAAGAUCUUUGCAGAUGCUCCGGAGUCAUGCCCUCUUUCACCUGCUGCCCCAGUAUUCUCUGCUCCCACAAGGCAGUCCAAGAAGAUGAGUCGACAGAAUCGGCCCCUGGCUGUCUACAAUCCACAAGCCCUCGACAUCCAGUCUGUGUCAGCGGUGGGGGAUGGCUCCAACCUAGCUGCAGAUGAGACAUCAAUGGGCAGCAAUGAGUCUGUAUCAUCCCAGUCAUCGUCAGCCUCGACCUCAGAGACGCCUACAGAGAAGAGCGACCAUGCCCCGCUAAGCAGCAGCCUCAGCUCAGGCAGUACCUCCAGAUCCCCCACAGCAGCCGCCUCCUGGUCUGCUCCUGGAGCGUCAGGAGAAAACCAGCCAGCUGCCACGACGGCUGCCACUGAAAAAGAAAAUUCAGAGGAGAGUGUCACCAGCAGGAAAGCCAUGGCGGUGUACCCAUGUGAGGCUGAGCACGACUCUGAGCUUUCCUUCCAGGUCGGCGCAAUAUUCAACGCCGUGACCCAUUCAAGGGAGCCGGGCUGGCUGGAGGGGGAGCUGGAGGGAAAGAGGGGCCUGAUCCCUGAAAACUACGUGGAGAUGCUGUAGCCCCGAAUGGAAAUAUUUAUGGACAUAUAAAGUAAUGACUUUCACUGGGAAAAGUGUGCAGAGAUGCAUGUGCCUCAACUCUGAAAUUCACAUUAGAGCCUUUCUUAAAAAUGUAAUAUGUAAGAUUUAUGCAUGCUGAUGCGCUUAUGUAAAGUUUGUGUUAGAGUCUGUGUUGUGCUGGAAGAUGGUCAUUUGUUGACAUCAGCCAACGUCAUUCUAACAGUAGCCAGAGCUGUUCAUUGUGGCUAUAGAGGAGCAGAAGCGACGCAUUGAAGAACUCAGGAAAAAAGGGUUUUUGUGGACACAGUAGUCAGUCAACACACGGUUAUGAUUGGAACAGAGGUAUUUGUUAUGGUCUGUUCAUGUUCUGGUUAUUGAUUUUGCAUUUCAGAAACAGCUUUUAAAAUCCAAAAAUAUUAGAUUUUCCUUUAAAAUACAAGGUUUUACUCAUCCAGGGUCUACCACGCCUUCGCCCAUAGGAAGCUGGGAUAGGCUCCAGCUCCAUUCAGAAGAUGAAUGAAUGAUUACAAGGUUUUGUUCUUAUUCAUAGUGGAAAAGAGAUUGUAAAAACAGACUUGAUGUUCAUUUUCUGUUUUGUAGACCAGGACUAAAAACCAGAAAACCGAGAACAGUUGUGAUUGUUUCCAAAAUAACAGGAAUAUAAUUACUUUUGUUCUCUGGAAGGGAAGGGAUUAUUCAAAAACUACACAGAAAAACACAUCUGGUUUGACAGUAAAUAUGUAAAGAAGUUUUUCUGCAGAAAAAUGAAAUUCAAUCUGUUUUUAAAAUCCUCUUUAUGCGUUUAUGAUCCUGAUUAAACAAAAAAAAAAAACCACCUUGGAUUUCUAUUUUUUUUUUUUUUUUUAAUGAAUCACCUGUUUCUGAAAAUAAAAAUCCAAUGACCAAAAUGCGCAUAGACAAUUUAUUUUAGAAAUGGACACAGACUCCAACACAAACUUCACAUUCGAAUCUUACAAACUGAACCUUUAUGCAAAUAUGUUAUUACUGCUGGACUGUUGUAGCUGAUACUAAAGAAUACAUAUUUCCUUCUGCUGUCAUGCUUGUGAUGCAUGUGCAAGCAUGUUACUUAGUUUUGAUUUUUUUUUUUUUUUGGCCUUUUUCAUCACAAAAUAGGUUUGCACUUAAAUCAGCGUGCUGCUGCAUUCGAAGAUGCUGUAGUCUCCAAACAUCCAGGUAACUUUUGUAGCAGCACCACAGAUCUGGAUCUGGAUCUGCAUCUUUCUCUCACUGCUUCAUUCUGUCUCUUCUGCCCAGUUAUACAUGGUAUCCAUGAGCUCCGAGUCCUCACACAUUAAAAACUAAAAUGUCAGCACUCAUAUCACUGCACUAAAAUCCAGCUGGUUUUCUCGACAAUGUUGUACACAAAUUUGUCUUCAGCUAUUGAAUGAUUAGAAAUACCCGUGCCUUAAUCACCAAACGUAUGUACGGGUACGUAUGAAAAGUAAUUGGAAUUUUACUUUAAUUCUAUGUUCUGUCCUUAUAAAAAAAAAUAUUUGGAUCUUAUAAACGAGGCACAUUGCUGUUGUAAUUGUAUUUUAUUUAAUUGGCACAUUGAAUGCAUGAGUUUUGAAUUGUAAAAAACACUUUGUACUGUUUUGUUUUUGAUGCACUCCUUUUGCAGAAACACAGUGAAACAUCUCUGUCGUAGUAAACAUUAGCAUCAGACAGAGUCAUCAAAAGUACCUUUUAAUGCAUAGUAAUAAUUGACACAUUGUUUUAAACUGUCAAAUGAUCUAUGUCUGUUUUUUUUUUUUUGUUUGUUUUCGAUGCAUAUUUUAUACGUUGCUCAGUUGACUUUGAGCAGAGAAAUGAGAUUCUCCCACGAGGUUGAAAUUUUAGUUCAUGAUUAUUUUAUCGUCAACUUUAGUGGAAUAAGUGAUUAGAUGAUAAAUCGGUUUUAGCACAAGUAACGCCAUACAUAUAAAAUACAGUAUUUCAAAGUUUUACAUCACCGUUAAAGCUACAUUUAUUGUUCAUAUAGCGUAGAGUUUUAAAUGCCAAAUAUAUUUCUCGAGUCUUCGUUAAGUGAUGGACAUGUUUUCGGUUUUGACAUGAACACACGUAACAUUUCAUCCCCUCUGCCGUUCAAAAAGACACUUUAAUUUUGCUGAGAGCUUUUGGUUCAGGCCGGUUGUUUGUGUUUUGGAUUGUGGUUGCAAUAAUUUAAGACAUUGAUUUAUGACAUUUGUAAAAGACCUUGACAUCACCUUCAUUUUUAUACCUUUGGGUAUUCUCUUGAUCUAUGGUAAACAAAUAAAGAUUUUUUUUUUUUUUUUUUUUCAUUAUUGCCUUUCUCUUUUAUUGCAGUUAAAUAAAAAAAACUCAAAUGUAAAAUCCUC